AUGCAGGGCCUCAUAGAUAAAUGCUAUGCAGAAGAAUCACCUCAUGAAGAUGGAGGUUGGUACUUACCACAUCAUGGUGUAUAUCACCCCAAGAAACGUGAGAAAUUACGAGUGGUGCUUGAUGCCAGUGCAAAACAUGAAAAUGUCGCGCUAAACGACUGCCUGUUGAAAGGACCUGGUCAGAAUAACUCGCUCAUAGGUGUUUUAUUGAGGUUUAGAGAGCAGCCAGUAGCAAACAUGGGUGACAUGGAGAACAUGUUUCACAUGUUUAAAGUGAAAGAAGAGGAUAGAAAGUUUUUACAGUUCCUAUGGUGGAAAGACGGUGACCUCAAUAGUAAUCACAUCAAAUACAGAAUGACGUCUCAUAUAUUUGGAGCGAUAAGUUCACCAGCAUGCGCAUUGUAUGGACUGAGGAAACUAGCAGAGGACUACCAAGAUGAGUAUUCAUCAAACGUCAUUGCCUUUCUUAAGAAUGACUUUUAUGUAGACGAUGGACUCAAGAGCAUCGAGUCAAGUGAAGAAGCUAUACAUCUUAUUAGUGAAACAAGAGAGCUGCUGAACAAAGGUAACCUAAGACUUCACAAGCUAGUAUCAAACAACCGUGAAGUGAUGAAUACAAUCCCAAUGUCAGAGCGAGCCAAAGAAAUGAGAAACAUUGACCUUAACAGAGACACAUUGCCAAUAUGCCCAGCUUUAGGAGUACAGUGGUGUGUAGAAGCGGACAGUUUUCAGUUUAAGGUCCAGAUCAAUGAUAAGCCAUUAACAAGAAGGGGCAUUCUCUCCACUGUAAGUUGCAUAUUUGACCCUUUAGGCCUUGUCUCACCAUUCAUCCUUGGCGGUAAGAAAAUUCUCCAAGAGCUACGCAGAGACGGUGCAGAGUGGGAUGAUCAAGUGCCAGAGAGUAUUAGUUGCAGAUGGGAAAGAUGGCGCUCAGAUUUGCUGAACUUAACCAAGUUGAAUAUACCACGGUGCUAUAAGCCAAAUGAUUUUGGUGAAGUGACUACUGCAGAACUUCAUCACUUCUCAGAUGCCAGUGUAGAAGGCCUAGGUCAGAGUAGUUACUUGAGACUUAAAAGCAACACAGGAAGAAUAGCAACCACGUUAGUUAUGGGCAAGUCCAAGGUAGCUCCCUCUAAACCAGUGAUAGUCCCACGCCUAGAGUUGUCAGCAGCAGUGAUGUCUAUAAAGGUGGGGAGCUUUCUUGCCAAGGAGUUAGAGUAUGAGGACAUCGCCCAUGUGUAUUGGACUGACAGCAAGGUUGUUCUAGGACUAGCACCAGAUGACCCAGAAGUACGCAAAUCUGAAGUCAAUGUAUUUGCUCCUAAUGUAGAAACCAACCACGAUCACUUGUCUGAUGUAUUGAAAAGGUUUUCUUCCUGGAACAUAGCAACACGAGUUGUUAUGUGGUGUUUACGAUUCAUACAAAAGCUGAAACAAGCUAAGAACAGGAAAUCUACACAGCAGAACACAGUUGAGGCCAGAAAUGAACCGUUGAAUGUUCAAGAAAUACAAGUGGCAGAAAAGAUCAUUCUCAAGUCAACACAGACUGCUACAUUUGAGAAGGAAAUUGAAAUACUGAAAGCAAUUAACAGAGAAGAUAAUAGUGAACACACAGAGAGAAAACAGGCAAGAUAUCGCAACGAACAAAUCAAGAAAACCAGGUCACUAUACCGCCUAGACCCAUUUUUAUGUGAAGAUGGACAACUCAGAGUAGGUGGUCGUAUAAAGAGGGCAAAUCUACUCAGAGAGCUUACGCACCCAGUGAUUCUGCCUAAGCAUCAUCACGUUACAAAUCUCAUUAUUGACCACUAUCAUACACGAUGCGGACAUUCAGGAAGUGGCAUUACUCUUAAUGAAGUCCGAGCUAGUGGUUAUUGGAUAAUUUCUGGCCGUGCCAAGAUUGGAUCAUAUAUAUGGAAAUGUGUGACCUGUCGUAAGCUACGAGCAAACUCACAGAGUCAGAAAACGUCAGAUCUUCCAGCUGACAGACUGGAACAUGCACCUCCAUUCACCUACAGUGCAGUAGAUUUCUUUGGACCAUUCUAUGUGAAGGAGGGAAGAAAGCAGAUGAAAAGAUAUGGUGCUAUGUUUACAUUUAAUCUAUGA